AUGACGGUGACCAAUGAGCAGUUUCUUUCGGAGCUCACCAAGCUGUUCGAGGAAAGCACGUCAAAGCACUCGGUGUACGUAUCCUCGAAGAAAGCACCAGCAUCAGCGGCCAAGGACGAUGAUGUGGACAUGACGCCUUCCUCGUCCUGUGGCCUCACAGAUGCGAUCCUCUUUCGAGCCACCAACGGAGUUUCAGGAAGCGGCAAGGUCAAGAUCAGCACGUUGGUGCCUGCUUCCAAGCUAGCCAGCUUCCAGGGCGCGUAUUUGCCCUUGCUAAGGACUCAUUUGUCGAAUGGACUCAAGAAACGUGACAAGGCAAGAGAGAGAAAGAUGGACAAAGCUCGCGAGCAGAGCCGCAAAAAGCUGAUUGAGACAGUGGACGGCAGGGACAAGAUCAUCACCAACAAGAUGGGCAGCAAACGAGGUGCGGGCCGACGCAAGCGACAACGUGCGCUCAAGAAGGGGCUCGCACUGCGAAAGGAAAAAUCCAAAGAGGCCAAGCGAAAGGUUCAAGCAGCCAAAACAGCCUAG